CAUUGGUGGGAGGUGGGGGUCCCUCAGGUGUUGUGAGUCAGUACGUCUAGUGUCAGUGUCGGGUUAAUAUGUUGCUCCACCAGCUUAUCAUCCUCUAUCACGACCACUAUUAGUAACUGCACUUCAUUGAUCGGUGGUGACUGGACAAUGAACAAGGAAUAACGGCCACAGGAACUCCCUCACCAUCAUGACAGAAAACGGUGGAUAUCCGGUUCCCUCUACCACAGAAAAUGGGGAGGGGGCCGCCGAUGAGAAUUACAGAGGUCUUUACCUUCAGGAAGUAGAGAAGAGGAAGACUAUAAUGAAGCUAGCACAAAAAGCGACGCGCGACUACGAUGAACUGAAGAGACGCUACGUCGAGACUACCCAGGCAGCUGAAGCUCUGGAAGUACGACUCGAGCAGCAGGAGCUCGACCUCCACAACCUCCGCAGCGACUCUGAUUCCACAGUCAUCUCAACAGUGUCUGAGGCUGUUUACCAUGAGUAUGACGACCUGCGACAGCGCUACCAAGUGGAAACAGAAUCCAUGGCCCAGGCUUUUAACCGUGCCACAGAGUGGUAUCGUGAAAACAAAAAUCUGCGUCGAGAGGCCAACACGUUAAAACGUCAGAGUGCCAUCCUCAUGCAGCGAGUAGUAGAAACCUCACCAGAUUUUGACAUCUCCAUGUUGGCCAACAUGGGAGAUGUUGUGGACAAGCAGGGGUUUCAGGAGAUACAACAGCUGCAUGAACAGGAAAUUGCCUCUCUAAUGGAAAAAAUUAAAGGCUUAGAAAUGGAUGUGGCAAGUCUUACUGCAGAGUCAAACAAGGCUAAACAAGAGGAGUUUGAAGCACAAGAAGAAUUAUUAGAAACCAGAAGACAGUUAGAUGAAGCAACUCAGCAGACAGAACAACUUCAGAAAAGAAUAGCAGAACUGGAAGCAGUCGAGCGGCGUAUGGGUCGUGUGUCAGUUUUAGUUUUAGAUGAAGUGGAAGCGUUGCAGGCUCAGCUGCGUUCAGAGGCUGCUCGAGCCAAUACAGCUGCUACAGAGGCAGCUAAGGCCCGUAGUGAGCAUGCUGCUCUGGCUCGUCAGAGUGCUGUUGCUUUAGCAGAUGUGAUGGGGGAUGAAAGGUUGCGCAUGGCAAUGGAGGAAGUGCACAGCCUUACCCAAAAGCUACACACACAGGAAGAAGAAUACAAACAGGCUAUGCACAAGUUAAAGGCUGAGCUGCUCAUUUAUGAAUCUGGCGAGAAAGCUGCAGAGAUUGAACUUUUAAGAGAACGUGUGUUGUUGUUGGAAGAGGAAGUGAGAGAAAAAGAGCAUAAAGCUAAUGAGGCAAAUAAUGAAAUGAGAAAACUUAGAAAAGAAGCCGAGGAGCAGCGAGAUCAAAUACGAUUACUCCAACAAAGUUCUUCUAGCAGCAACAUCAAUAAUCUUUAUCAUGGCAAGUCAUCUGGUGGGUUGGAGUCUUUGUCACUGAGCAGAAACACCACUGCACUGGAAUCUGUCCCAGGCAUUCCUCCUCCUCCUCCUCCUCCUCCUCCAGCACCUUUUUCUGUUCCUCCCCCACCACCACCUCCACCACUGCCUCAUGCAAGCCCUCCGCCUCCACCACCACCUCCUCCUCCUCCUUCUCCUCCACCACCACCUCCAUUACCCGCCAACCCUGUAACUACAUUAUCUACCCAUGGUGGAAGCAGAGGUGGAAUGGAUGAUCUCAUCAAUCAAAUUAAGCAAGGAGGAGUGAAGCUGAAGUCAACCCAAACCUUUGCAAAGGGGCUUCAAUGCCAAUAUCUAAACUUUAAAAGGCGAGAAAAUGACUUUGCUGAAAUUACCAAAAUGGCAGAAUAUACUUCAACAGAAAAAGAAACCAGUGGAACAGAAGACAUCACUAAAGCUGAAGAAAUACAUACACAUAAAGAUGACACUACAACAACUGCCAGUGCAUCUUAUACUCUAAAGCUAAAUAGUCUCUACUUUGGUGCAGACGAAUGUUCAAGCCGCGAAAGUACUCCACCAGCUGCAGGAAGUACUGAGAAACUUGAGCAAGAAAAUAGGCGUCCUUCUCCAGCUCGAGCAAUUUCUUCAACCACCAUAUUUUUGAGGAGCAGUAGAAGUCCCUCCCAAGAAUAAUAAACUAUAAUCCUCAGCACAGUAUUAAAUUUUAGAACUUGGCUGCAAAAGCAGCUUAGAGAUCAUGAAAACUACAAAUUAUGAAACUUAUGAUUUCAUUACUGUCAACAAGAAAUUUUAAAUUAUCA